AUGGUGCUCUCCGGAGUUGAGGUUUCCAAGCACGACAGCAAGGAGACUUGCUGGGUCGUGAUCCAUGGCAAAGCGUUUGAUGUGACGGAAUUCUUGCCCGAACAUCCGGGUGGGAUGAACAUCAUCCUGAAAUACGCGGGCAAAGAUGCCACUGCCGAGUUUGAGCCUAUUCACCCCCCUGACACAUUGGACAAGUAUCUCGACAAGUCCAAGCAUUUAGGUCUUGUGGAUAUGAACACAGUUGUCAAGGCGGAGGAGGAGGAAGACCCGGAGGAGGCAGAUCGUCUGCAACGCGUCGAGGACAAGCCCCUGUUAUCGCAAUGUUACAACUUGAUGGACUUCGAGGCGGUGGCCAAGAACACUAUGAAGAGAGGUGCAUGGGGUUACUACUCGAGCGCUGCGGAUGACGAGAUAACACUGCGAGAGAACCACGAGGCAUACCACAGGAUAUGGUUCAGGCCCAAGAUACUGGUGGAUGUCAAGGAGAUCGACACCUCAACAACCAUGCUGGGCACUAAAGUCGACAUACCGUUCUAUGUCACGGCAACAGCUUUGGGAAAGCUCGGACACCCCGAGGGAGAAGUCGUGCUCACGAGGGCGGCGAGGAAGCACAACGUGGUGCAGAUGAUCCCGACACUAGCCUCAUGUUCUUUCGACGAGAUCAUGGACGCCGCCAAGGGAGACCAGGUACAAUGGAUGCAGCUCUACGUCAACCAGGACCGGGCCAUCACAGAGCGCCUCGUCAAACACGCCGAGAAGCGAGGGUGCAAAGCCCUGUUCAUCACCGUCGACGCGCCGCAACUGGGAAGGCGAGAGAAGGACAUGCGCGCCAAGUUCACAGACCAGGGUUCCAGCGUGCAGUCCGGCCAGACGACGGACACCUCGCAGGGCGCCGCGCGCGCCAUAUCGUCCUUCAUCGACCCGGCGCUCUCGUGGAAGGACAUCCCGUGGUUCCAGUCCAUCACCAAGAUGCCCAUCAUCCUCAAGGGCGUGCAGCGGGUCGAGGACGUGCUGAGGGCGGUUGACGCGGGCGUGCAGGGCGUGGUGCUGUCGAACCACGGCGGGCGGCAGCUCGACUUCGCGCCCUCGGCCGUCGAGGUGCUGGCCGAGACCAUGCCCGUGCUGCGCAACCUGAGGCUCGACCGCAAGAUCGAGGUCUUCGUCGACGGCGGCGUGCGCCGCGCCACCGACAUCAUCAAGGCGCUGUGUCUGGGCGCCCGGGGAGUCGGCAUCGGUCGCCCCUUUUUGUAUGCCAUGUCGGCGUACGGCGACGAGGGCGUCGACCGCGCCAUGCAGCUGCUCCGCGAGGAGAUGGAGAUGAACAUGCGCCUCAUCGGGUGCACGAGCGUCGACCAGCUUAAUCCGGGUCUGGUCGAUGUGAGGAAUCUGGGCGCCCAUGUCACGGGCGUGCCGACGGACAACUUGGGCCGCAAGGUGUAUGAUCCGCUUGUCACGCCGGCGUGGAAGCCGCCCAAGUCGUCAAAGCUGUGA